CCAGGUUUCCUCGCCCUAGCUGUCUGUCAUGCUUGCAUAUUUCGCCGCCAUUCCUACUUCUAAAGCCCCUUUUUGUUUCUUUCCUUCUUCCACUGACCGAGCCAUCAGCAGCUUGUGGCUACCUGUUAUCCGCUAGCUUCGGUUUGUAGCUGAAAGUUGAAUUUCGUCAAUUAUGGCGAUAGGAAUAGGCCGUUCCCUGUCUGCCCCGUUGCUGGUGAUCAACUUCAUGUUGUACCUCGUCUCCGCUUGCUUGGCUGGCUGGGCUCUCAACCGCAACUUGGGUGCUACCAUUGGAAUCGGCGCCGGACCCAUUGGCAACAUUGUGACUCCAACCUUUCUACCCCUGGCACUCAUUGCUAGCAUGGUGGGUCUUGCUUCUGUGUUCGCCGGUAUCAACCACUUGCGAGUCUUUCGCAGCGACAGUCUGUCCUCAGCUGCAUCCACCUCCCUCAUUGCCUGGUUGCUCACUCUUCUUGCCAUGGGCGUCGCUUGCAAGGAGAUUCACACCGGCGGUAGCAACCGCCAGAAAAGAAUUAGAGCUCUUGAGGCGUUUAUCAUCAUUCUUGCUCUCUUCGAGCUCCUGUAUCUUCUGUCGUUGCAAGCAGGCCUCUUCGGAACCAGCGACGGGGGUUACGACGAAACCAGGUCUGCCAACGCCAAGACCAGCACCACAUACGGCACGCCAACCGCUGCCGCCGUCUAACGACAACACGAGAAUCACAUUUUUCGAGCUUUCUGAAAUGUCGAUGUGUUCUUAUUGCCCUUGUGUCUACCAGAUUAGUGACAUCCUAUGUUCAGCUAAAUCUUCCAAGGAGGAGGUGAAUCAAGCUUCAUUUAACAUUGGCAGGAAUGACUUCCUUGGCCAGGAAGAGUAUUUAUUUGUGCUACAGAUUCCCACUUCACUGUACCGUUUGUCCUUGAAUUUAUGCAAAAUGUUUCCGAAUUCGAUACGAAACCAGUAUUCGUCUAUUAAAUCUUCGCUUCCUCUUGUCUGGAAUAAAAAGUGCGACUUAUUUUGUAA